GGUCACAUUUAGUCUUUCUUUUGAUUUUUGGACACUUGGUUUGAGAAAAGAAAUGGAGUCUGAUGUAAGUAGUAAAGUUUUCAUGUAGAUAUUUUUCAUGGACCAAAAUGCUCUUUGUUUUCUUUGUAGAAAGAACUUAGACUUUUGUGUAUGUGCUAACUGAUUAUUUCUUGCAGAUUGGAAAUGCCUGCAUGAAACUCAUUUAUGAAGAUGCUCGAGCGCAUGGCAAAGACAUAUAUACUGCUGAUAUGUAUGUUGUUACUACAUGGAAAGACAGUGUAGAUCCCUUAGCUUACUUUCCAGAUGAUGCUGACAUGAAGGAUGCACUUGUGUUCCCUCUAUGGACAAAGGCUGCCGGCCCAGAACAUUAUCUGUUAUGUAUGCCACGUGGAGAAGGAGCCCGGCGGUCCCAGGCAGCCAAGCAAAGAAAUGUUGAGCGGUACACACUUGGUUCCUUCAUUGACUUGGUUGAUGAUAUGCCUGCUGUCCAAACAAAGGAUGUUCCACUUAGCUCUGGCACACAGAGCCUGGACACCAACAAUAGUCCAGUUUGCCACGAGGCUCAAAACUGCCCGAGUCAUACAGGGUUCCUUUCAUCAGGGGGAUGCACGAUUUGGGUCGAACAGAAACCGUCAGUGUGCAGUGAACAGUAUCACAGCAGUCAUGACGAGUGUUUGCAAAAGGAUGUGCUGAAUGCUGUUCUGUUGCAUAGAGAUGAGCUGUACACAUCAAUGCCAUUUCAGAGGAAGAUCAAGGAUCGAACAGGGCUGGGUCAUGUUUCUGUUGCAGAACUGCCAAAACUGUGCACACUUCAUAAUACCACAUUCUCAAUAAAACAUGGAGAAUCUUGCUGUGGUGUUAUUGGUGUUGAUUUCUAUGAUGACUCCUGAAGAAGCACUUCAUAGGGCUCUGCUUCAGUGUGAUGCAUGUUUAGUAAACAUAAAAAAGUACAUUUGUGCAGUCAUAAAGGCAGGGUCAACAUUUGCUGUAGUCGAUCCCCAUUCACGUAAUGGUAAUGGUAUACCAGAAGGUAAUGGAAGAAGCAUAGUAGUUGACUGUGAUGACAUAUACAUGUUAUUUAAUCAUGUUCUGAAGCUUGCCAUAUCACUGAA